AUGCACACACCAUCAUUCUGUAUUCCGCACUCGGUGCACACACCAUCACUCUAUAUUCAACAUGCAACUUCCGACCUUUCAGCUGCUUACGUGCUAGCGCCUGAGCUUACAUGGACUGGUGACGCAUUCGAGCGCAACGUGCAAGUUUCCGUAGGUGUCGAUGGCCUGAUCCAAUCUGUUAGACGUUGCACCGACGCCGUGGACGUUGACGCAGCGGUGUACAAGCUCCCGGGUCACGCCCUACUGCUUGGAAUGGUAAACGCGCACUCGCACGCGUUUCAACGUGGUCUGCGUGGUCUUGGUGAAACGCAUCCAAAGGACACGACACAGAGCAGCUUCUGGACCUGGCGUGAGGAGAUGUACAAGCUCGUGGCUGGCAUGAGCAACGAGCGCAUUUAUAAUUUGACAUAUCAGUGCUUUUAUGAGAUGCGUGACGCAGGCAUUACAAGUGUUGCUAAAGCAGUGGGUAUUCGCAUUGUAUUGCUAAACGCGUACUACGAGCACGGUGGUUUCCAACUAGAAUCCAUGUUGGAGCCGCAAAGCGCUUUAAGCUCACUCGAUGCGCGCUGUGGAGAUACCUGA